AUGAUGGAAGAUAAGUAUGUCGGAUUGGCGCUUGCCAUGUCGUCGUCGUUGGCCAUCGGCACUUCGUUCAUCAUCACCAAAAAAGGGCUCAUCGACGCCUCUGCUCGCAGUGGCACCUCCCAGGUCCAGGGCCAUGAGUACCUCCAGAACCCCAUCUGGUGGGCAGGAAUGCUUACCAUGGCCAUAGGCGAGAUCGCCAACUUUGCUGCCUACACGUUUGCGCCUGCCAUCUUGGUAACCCCGUUGGGUGCUCUUUCCGUGAUUAUUGGUGCGGUUUUGGCUGCCAUUUUCUUGAAGGAGGAGUUGGGCACCUUGGGCAAGAUGGGAUGUGCCAUCUGCUUGAUGGGGUCCGUCAUCAUCGUUCUCCACGCUCCUCCCGACAAGGAGAUCGAAACCGUGGACGAGAUCUUGGGCUACGCCACCCAGCCUGGCUUCUUGUUCUACUGCGUGCUUGUGGGCGCCUACUCCCUCUUCAUGAUCUAUAAGAUCGUCCCCAAGUACGGCCACUCCAACCCCAUGAUCUACCUCUCGAUCUGCUCGUCGGUGGGGUCCAUCUCGGUGAUGUCCAUCAAGGCGUUCGGUAUCGCCUUGAAGUUGACCCUUGGCGGCAACAACCAGUUCACCCAUGUGUCCACCUACCUCUUCUUGUUGGUGGUAGCCUUGUGCAUCGUCACUCAGAUGAACUACUUCAACAAGGCGUUGGACCAGUUCGACACCUCCAUCGUCAACCCAUUGUACUAUGUCACCUUCACCACCUUCACGUUGGCUGCGUCGUUUAUUUUGUUUAAAGGAUUCAAUACGUCGUCAGCCAUCGACAUCAUCUCGUUGUUGAUCGGGUUCUUGAUCAUCUUUAGCGGAGUGUACCUCUUGAACAUCUCCAGAAAAGACAACGAGGGCAAAUCCAGAGAGAUCUUUGGUGUGCACAACGGCAAAGACAUGGCCCCCAUGGACAACGGCGUGGGAGGCUUCUCGUCGAUGAGAAGAUCGAUGCAAAUCAACAGAUCCGAGUACGACCAAGAAGAAACCGUGGGUUUGAGAAGAUUCGACAGUUUUGAGUUGGGCUCCGACGAUGACUUCGAACAAAACCAUAGAAAUUAA